AUGCUCACUUCUGAUUGUAUUGAGCGGCCACUCUCAAAAACUUUUUACCGGUAUGGACAUUUUGUUGCAUUACAUCCAUUACCGUUUGUUGCCAUACCACUGUUGGUGACAGCUUUUUGUGCAGUUGGUCUUUUGCAUUUGGAUCCACUAACCGAUGCUGUUUAUCUAUUUACACCAUCAGAUGCACCAAGUAAAACUGAGCGCCAAAUUAUUCACGAUUUAUGGCCAUUGCAUCGACAUAACUAUAUACCAGGAAGAGCAGUAACACAGUCUCGUGAAGUUCAAGUUAUCGCUGUUGCAAAAAACAAUGGCAAUAUUCUACAAAAGCCGUAUUCUGAGGCCGUCCGUCGUCUUGAUAUGUUUAUCCAAAAGCGAGUUAAAAUUGAGUAUGAGGGUGAGGUAUAUGGCUAUGAAAAUCUAUGCUUGGAAUGGCGUGCGUCUGGAUGCCCAGGAAAUAAGCAUGUUCAUAUUGUCAACGAUCUGUAUGAACACGGCAUCAACGUUACGUUUCCUACCGUCAGAUUUGGCACAACGAGUGGAUAUAUUGGCGGCGCAUUGGGAGGAGUAACGAUAUCUCGAGGUUCAAACAAUACCAUGUACAUUGCGGGAGCACACGCCUGGUUCUUGGUUUAUCAUUUAGCUUUUCAUCCUCAAAAUCUUUCUUAUAUAUCUGGCUUAUGGGAGAAGAUGCUUCAAGACGCUUUGGAACACUAUCCACCGGAUCCAUACAUAACGUUCACAUAUUUUCACUCACAGACACUUGCAGAAGAGCUAAAGCGAAACGCUGAGUCACUGGUUCCACGUUUUAUUUUAGCCUUUUCCAUACUGGUAGCAUUUUCAGUUAUAUGCUCUCUUGUAUUCAUCGACGGGACUUUUUAUAUUGACUGGGUUUUGUCAAAACCUGCGUUGUCAAUUCUUGGUGUUAUCAAUGCUGGGAUGGGUAUCGUCACUGGCGUUGGUUUGGCAAACUUUUUUGGGCUACCUUACAACGAUAUUGUUGCUGUAAUGCCGUUCUUAGUGGUUGCUGUUGGUACAGACAACAUGUUUUUGAUGGUGGCUGCUUUACGUCAUACGAACAGAGCCCAUCCAGUGCCGCGUCGAAUAGGUGAAUGUAUGAGCGAUGCAGCGAUCUCGAUAUUUAUAACUUCGUUAACCGAUGUUUUCUCGUUCGCCGUCGGCACAAUUACAUCAAUUCCAGCCGUCCGCAUAUUCUGCACUUUCACUGCAACUGCAAUAUCAGCAACUUUUGUUUACCAGAUAACAUUCUUUUGUGCUUUGCUUUCAAUCACAACGGAAUGGGAAUCAAAGGGCUUUCACUGCAUAUUCGCAAAGCCAACGGUACCAGAAGGUCUUGGCAAAACGGGUCGACUUCUGGAUCGCCUUUUUUGGCUUGGUUCUCGACCAGAUCCAAAUCUGCAAAAUUUGAAGAAAAAUGUGAAAGAUGCUGGAGCAAAAUCAUUUUUUGAAAACUGGUUUGCUCCAAUUUUGAUGCAACCUGUAGUACGAGCGCUUGUAGCUAUAUGGUUUAUAAUCUACUGUCUGAUUGCUGUUUACGGGUGUACCCAGAUUAAAGAAGGUUUGGAACCGGUGAAUUUGCUUGUUGAAGAUUCUUAUGCAAUUCCUCACUAUAGGAUUCUUGAAAAGUACUUUUGGCACUAUGGAGCUCCUCUCCAGGUUGUUGUUAGUAAUUCACCCGAUCUUCGCAAUCCUCAAGAACGGUCAAGCAUAAAAGCUAUGGUUCAUCAUUUCGCUAAUACUGCCCACUCUAUAGGCGAUGACAGUGUGCAAUUCUGGCUGAAAGAAAUGGAGAUAUAUUACCAGAAAGAGUUGGGCAUGAAUAUAACGGAUCAAGCUUUUUACGCUUUAGCGCAGCAUUUUAUGUCAGCUCGUUCACACGAUUAUUGGAGCGAAGAUGUCGUUUGGGAAAGGGAUGAGAACGAUGUUAAUCGUAUUAAGUCCUUCCGCUUUUUGGUUGGCCUUCGCCAGAUCUCGAAGACCUACCAGCAGGAAGAUGCUACUGCGACAAUGCGACAAGUUGCUGCACGUUAUCGAAAGUAUAACGUAACAACUUUUAUGCCACUAUGGCUGUUUACUGACCAAUACGCUAUAGUAGUCCCGAACACUAUUCAAAAUAUUGUGAUCGCUUUAAUCGUGAUGAUUGUAAUAGCUUUACUUUUGAUCCCGCAACCAAUGUGCUCGCUUUGGGUUGCAUUUGCAAUAGCUUCUAUUGAUUUGGGUGUUAUCGGAAUAAUGACAUUAUGGAACGUUAAUUUGGAUGCUAUCUCAAUGAUUACAAUCAUAAUGUCCAUUGGUUUCUCCGUUGACUACUCUGCCCACAUAACCUACGGUUAUGUCAUUUCUAAAGAACCGAAGCCUAAGGACCGGGUUAAAAAAGCACUUGGUUCGUUAAGUUGGCCACUGAUACAAGGCGCAACAUCGACCAUUUUAGCUGUUAUUGUUUUAGCAGAUAUCCCAGCCUACAUGAUUGUUACAUUUUUCAAGACUGUGUUCCUAUCAAUCACUCUUGGAAUUAUUCAUGGACUCAUUUUCUUACCUGUUAUGCUUUCGCUUUUUGUUAGAGGAUCAUGUUUCACGGCUACGGCUAAACCGAAAGUAAUAUUUCUAAUUUUGAGUUAUUACGAUACCAACAAGUAA